UUUCUGCGCCGCUGUGAAGCCAUCGUCAGUUUGUUUUUGCGAUGGCGGUGGCUCAACCAAAACUAGAGAAAGAGAGCGAAGAUUGCUCUUUGCUGCCUUUGGUUCAUGAUAUCAUUAAAUGCAUGGACAAAGACAGCCAGGAUGUCCACCAAGACCUGGCAAAGCUAAAAGCAAAGAUCCAGGAAGCUCGGGAGCAGAUCUCCACCAUGCCUGGGAUCGACAGCAGUCCGCAGGAGCAGCAGCAGCAGCUGGCCACCCUGAGGGAGCAGGUCCGGACCAAGAACCAACUGCUGCAGAAAUAUAAAGGUCUGUGUAUGUUUGACGUGCCAAAAGCAUCGUGAAAUGAAGACUACACUGUUGCAUUAAGUGGAGGAUGUCCAAACACUGUGGAGGAGGAGGAAGGGCUUCAUGACCCACUGAUGUACGGAGCACUAUGUGAUGGACAUAAAGGACACAUGGAAAUGAUCCAAAACAUCUUCUGUUUCAUCCUGCAAUGGAUUUUGAACGUCAGAAUACUCAUUAGUCUCAAUUUUGUUGUUAAAGGUAUUAUUUGUAUUAACGUGAUGUUUUGUUUUUUAUAUAUUUUGUAAUAAAAUAAACUUAUUUGUAUUUGA